CUGAGCCGAACCUCCAUGACUGUACCUGCAAUUCCAGCCUGGCCUUUGGUAUUUGCUAUAUAGACACUUAACCUAUCAUAGAGUUUACAAUCAUAUCGUACAAUCCAAAUCUCCUCUCGGUUUCUUCACAGUUCACAUGGCCGACAUCCAACCUGAGAAGCUCCAUUCUGCUUGUGAUGAUUGUCGAACACGAAAACUGAAAUGCUCUGGAGAGUCACCGCAAUGCAGUCGAUGUGCCAGGGAAGGCAUCAGAUGUGUCUACUCACCACAGAAGCAAAUGGGUAGACCAAGAAAAAGGAGACGAGAAGACGAAGUGACGCCGCCCGAACCAACACCUGAAAUACCACCUGAGAUACCACCACAUUCCUCUUACGAACUUCCCACUACCCUUGCCUUUUCUGAAUUUGGUUUGAUCUCUCCACCUGAUUUUGGCGACUUCACUGGCCUGCCUCUACCUCAGUUGCCGCAGGAUGACGCCUUCUCUGCUGCUACAUUUUCUCUGAGCAAUGAAUCGAUCAUUGCUGCACCACUAAUGGAUGGAUCAAAUAUGGACUUCAGCUUUGGACCGAAUGACACGAUAGAUCCAAGUCUAUGGAAUCCCCAAGCCCAGGAGGCAGCUUCGAUUGACACGCCCAUUUCCCUAGAACCAGCACAACCAGAAGGACCAUGCACAUGUCUCUCCAUCAUGUAUCUCACACUUUCCGACCUCCAGAGCCUCAAAUCCUUCUCCUUCCCUGCCGUCAUACCUGAGCUCCGCAAAGCAAUGACGACAGCCGCAGCAAUUGUGCAAUGCGAAAGGUGUCCAAAGGAGAGCUUCACGGCCAUACAGAACGUACAGUCUCUAUCAGCCUUGCUCAGUGCGAUUGCAGAGCGUUUCCACAAAGUCCUGGUUGGCAUCGAUGCAGAAACCGAACGCCUCGAGCGUACGGGUGAGAAGAAGUUGUUCCGGAUAGGCGACCACGAUCCCUCACUACGACAUCUCCACACGGGGCAGAUGGACUGCCCAAUGGGCUUCAACGUUGAGCUCGAGUCUGCAGUGUGGAAGAAACUCGCCAAGAAGGUGUUGAAGACCGAGGUGCACGGCGGAGGGAGCAAUCCAUGUCCCCUCGUAAUGCUUCUGGAGAUGAUGGAGAAGAGACAACACAAAUGGCAUGACGACAAUAUGAAUUUGCAAGAAAGGGAACGCAUUUUUGGGGCCCAGAAUAUGUGCAAGCCCGGCGAUGCAACAUGUUUGCGGAUGAUUAAUCAGAUCAGGCACAUGAUCGACCACAUGAAAUGGGAUUGAGGUGGAGUUAUUCGUACAUUAAAGAUUGGAUAUCGACUUAAUACUACAUCCCUGGACCGGUUCCGGGCUCUUAUUGAGACAGAUUCACCAGUGCAACGAUUGUAUUACGGAACCAAAUUUCAUCGACGGACAGAGGUAGAGAGACAGUGCGUAGGAAACCGCAGCGAUAGAGAGGAUCGCUGUCAGCAAUUUUGCAUGCCUCCAUGCAUUGCACUGAUGGAGUCUGGUUAACAAAUGCUCUCACGUAGAUUGUUCAUCGUCUUACCCGUGAGCUCUCUCUGGAUGGCCAAUUGUCCUUUUCCGUACCGAAGCCCUUCUCUUCGUCUUUCGGCACUGUUACGGCACUGAUAG